AUGAAUCCGGCAUGCGCGGAGGCAGCAGCCGCCAAGAAGUCCCGGCACAAGGACAAGAAGGAGAAGAAAAACAAGCGCAAAGACACCGCGGAGCACCUCGGCGGCGAGCCCGCGACGGCCGACGAGGAAGCCGUCCACAAGAAGAAGAAGAAGAAGCACGCGAAGGAGGAGGAGGAGGCGGAUUCGAAGGGGAAGCCGACGCUGGCCGGUCAGAUAGCCCGCGCGGCGGCCGUAUUCCGCAUCGACGAGAUCGUUGUCUUCGACAGCAGCCCACCUGCGGAGAACGGCGGCGGCGGUGCCGAAGACGAAGAGGAGAGCGGUGCGCGGUUCCUCGUUCGCAUACUGGAGUAUCUGGAGACGCCGCAGUACCUGCGCCGCCGUCUCUUCCCAAUGCACAAGAACUUUAAAUAUGUGGGGUUGCUUCCGCCUCUGGACGCGCCGCACCAUGUGCGCAAGCAUGAGUGGUCUGAAUUUCGUGAAGGUGUAACAUUGGGCGGGGAUCGUUCAAAGGGUACACUUGUUGAUGUUGGGUUAAGUCAGAUGUCAUGGGUGGGUCAAUGGACAAUGCCCAAUAACACAGGGCAGCACCAAGCUAGGAGUAGUCCCAUGAUCAAGGAGAUAAGUAUAACAGGUUAUUUAGUUAGUAAGGAUAUCAAUUUGAACGUUCUGGUUGAGCAAAUCCUAGAACAAGGAAAAAGGGUAACUGUAGCCAUGGGAACCAACAGAGACCUUACACCAGCUUGUAUAAGGAAAGUCGUUCCUCCGUCCUCACCCAGCGAAGAAAUGGGAUCAUAUUGGGGCUAUAAAGUCCGCUAUGCUUCAAAUUUAAGUGGUGUUAUCAAUGAUUCACCAUACAAGGAAGGAUAUGAUCAUAUCAUUGGCACUUCUGAGCAUGGUGAAACCAUUAUUUCAUCUGAGCUAAUCUUACCUUCAUUCAGAGAGGGUCUUGUUCACUAUCUAAGCACUCCUAAACUGCACAGGCACCUUUUAAUUGCGUUUGGUGGACUGGCUGGUCUGGAAGAAAGCAUCGAAGAGGACCCAAAUCUGAAUGGCAAAGGUGCAAAUGAUGUAUUCGCAUCUUAUUUUAAUACAUGCCCCAACCAAGGUAGCAGAACAAUAAGGACAGAGUUGUGCUGA